AAGUUUAGGAAACCCCAAAAGAAUAAGUGUUCUCGAAAAGAGCGAUUUAUAUUGUAAAAGACAAUCGAAUUAUGAGUGGAUUAAACAUUUUAUCAUAUUAAUUUGUUUUUUUGAAUCAAUUCUAAUUAUGAUAUAUGACGUAAAGCAAAUAUAUGAUGAAGGAACACCAGCAGAUGUAAUUAUAAAUUUAGAGCUUUUAAGAUGGAUUUUCGAUAUUAUUUAUUUUCUUUUGGUUUCUUUCGUAUCUUUUAGAUUUUUCUUUCGUCAAAAAAUUCCCAAAAGAGCUUCAUUCUGCAUCAUAUUAGUUUCAAUUAUGCAAGUCUUCUUUGAAUAUGCUUUAUAUUGCACACCUAAAGGUGCCGAUUCAAUUUUUUUCUUUAUUUUAACCACUAUUUUAACUCGUACUAUUUCAUCAUUCUUUUCGAAUGAUAAUUUUAAAGAUAUUAGAGUUAAAGAUAUUGAACACUAUGGAAUUAAAAAUCUUGAAGAAGAAAAAAAUUAUAAAUUUGUUUUUUUACGGAUUCUUCAAGAAGACAAAAUUUAUGACUACUUGGGUCAUCAAAGACUUUAUAUACAGGUUAAUGAUAAUGAUAACAAGAUGCAAGAAUAUAUUAAAAAUAUUCAAGAAUUUUAUCGAAAACAGGAGUACGAAUAUGUCAGAGAAGUCUAUGAGCAAUUGACUAAAAAACUUGGUGGAAGAAAAAAAAGAUGCUAUUACCAAAGAUUUAUCCAAUGUAUUAACAAAGUUAUAAAAGGCAAGCAAUUUGAGGAUAAUAAAGGCAAGAAAGUUGAGGAUAAUGACAAUGAAUGUUAUCUGUGUAGAACCCAAAAAAGUCAUACUAGAAUUAACAUUGACACAACAGAAAAUCAUUUUAUACAAAUUAAAACAAUUGAUGGAACCCAAAUUACAGAAGACUAUACUGACUACAAAAAUAAUUUUGAAGAAAUUGUUUCUGAAAAAUUUAAAGAUCCAGUUGGUAUAACACGCAUAUUUGGUAGAUAUUACGAUAUUGUUGAUAAUGAAUAUAAAAUACCAGGAGCAAAAAUUAUGUCUAAACAUCUUUCUGAAAGCAAUGUAAAAGUUUAUGCAAAUGUUCUUGAACUGGGUUAUUUUCAAUAUUUUGUUUAUUCGCAUAGAGCAUAUAAGGACAGCAAACAGAAUAAUAAACCAUAUGAUAAAGCAGAUAUAGAGAUUAUUAUUAGUGAUAAACAUAAGAUUGUAUUCACAAAUUCUAAUGUUAAAUGGUAUGUGAUUCCGGGAUUUGGAACAAGAAAAGACAAUACUAUAGAAUAUAAAGAAUGUAAAAAAUUACAAGACAUACUCAAUAAUAUUGAGACGCCACCAUCAAUAGAUUGA